AUGGACUACCACUCGAUUGUAUUUCGUGAGUUUACACAUGAAUCAUUGCGACGUAUUGAAUGUUAUCGACAACAAGAAGCCGAACAUAUUGCAUAUCAACAAUCACAACGAUCAACAAUUAAUACAGACAAUAAUGAUGAACAGACUCGUAUCAAAAAGCAAUCAAAAGAUGAAUAUACUAGUUAUAAACGAGUACCUAAUAGAGAAUUAGCUGUUGGACAAACAUUACCACAACUUUUACAAAAUAAAUUUCCAGCUGAACUUAUUGGAAAACCAAUUGAAGAAAUCGAUUGGUAUUAUCGUACAGAAUAUAUAUUUAUGGUUAUUAAUCGAAAUCAAACAAUAUUUCGAUUCAGUUCAACAUCAGCCUGUUUUAUAUUUUCUCCAUUUAAUUGGUUUCGACGUUUAGCUAUACGUAUAUUAACACAUCCACUUUUUAGUACAUUUGUUAUGCUUACUAUUUUAAUUAAUUGCAUAUUUAUGACACUUAAAAAUAUAUCAGAAGUGAAUGAGUAUAUUUUUACAGGAAUUUAUACACUUGAAGCAUUAAUAAAAUGUGUUGCACGAGGAUUUAUUCUACGAAAACAUACAUUUUUACGUGAUCCAUGGAACUGGUUAGAUUUUGUUGUAAUUGUAAUUGCGUAUAUAACAUUUCUUGUCAAUUUAGGAAAUGUUGCAGUACUUCGAACAUUUCGUGUAUUAAGAGCAUUAAAAACUAUUGCAGUUGUACCUGGUUUAAAAAUAAUUGUUAAUGCUUUAAUACAAUCUUUUAUUUCUCUACGAGAUGUAACUGUUUUAUCAAGUUUUAUUCUUUCUAUAUUUGCUUUGGUAGGAUUACAACUUUAUAUGGGUGUUCUUCGACAAAAGUGUGUACCAACUUAUGAAUCUUAUUUAAACAGUUCCAAUUUUUCCAAUAUUGGAUUUAAUAGUUCAUACAAAUCCUAUUUACAAAAAAUUAAUAAUGAAACUAAUUGGUAUCGAGAAAAUGAACGUUAUGUUGUUUGUGGUAAUGCAAGUGGAAGUAGAAAAUGUCCUCAUGGUUAUGUUUGUUGGCAAGAUCGAGGCAUAAAUCCUGAUUUUGGAUAUACAAGUUUUGAUAAUUAUGGUUGGGCUAUGCUUGCGUGUUUUCGAUUAAUGACACAAGAUUAUUGGGAAAAUCUUUAUCAACUAGUACUGUCAGCAGCUGGUGUUUAUCAAUUUUUUUAUUUUGUUGCUGUCGUAUUUUUUGGUUCAUUUUAUUUAGUUAAUUUAAUCUUAGCUAUUGUUUCCAUGUCUUAUCUUGAACAACAAAAAAUAGUUGUAGCUGACAAUGAAGAACGUGAAAAACGUAAAAUUGAAGAUGAACUUGAAUUUCAAAAUGAAGAAGCACAAAGAGUAUCAGAUGCUCAUGCACAUUCACAUGUUGAUCAUGAUCAAUAUGUUGAAAAUGCAUUAUCUUUUCAAGAUUCAAAUCAUCAAAUAUCACAUACUAGUAUUUCUAUUGAAGAUAAACAAAACGAAAAAAAAAAUGAUUUAAAUAACAUACAAUCAUUUCAAGCAAUAUUUUCUGAUCAAACAUUGCAGAAUUCAACAGAUGACGAAAAAAAGCGUCAACAGACAAGCGGUAUUUCUUAUUUAUCAGAUCAAAAUCAAAAUAAUUCUGAUUCAACUAUUUUACUUUAUCAAUCCGGAGCGCAUUUAAAAUGUGCUCCAAUCACUGCAAUAUUACCUGCUAACAAAUUGGAUAGAGCAAAUGAUGCUGUUGCUAUUUUUAUAUUGGAUGCAUUUAUGGAUUUAUUUAUUACAAUAUGUAUUAUAUUAAAUACAUUAUUUAUGGCACUUGAUCAACCUGGUCAAAGUGAAAAAAUGACAAGAAUUUUAACAGCAGGCAAUUAUUUUUUUACAAGUAUAUUUACAAUUGAAUGUGUACUAAAACUAAUUGCAUUGACACCAGUUAAAUAUUUAAAGAAUGGAUGGAAUGUAUUUGAUUUAUUAAUUGUUAUAAUUAGUGUUGUUGAAUUAGGUCUUGCUAAUAUUAAAGGUUUAAAUGUUUUACGCUCAUUGCGAUUACUACGUGUAUUUAAAUUGGCUAAGUCUUGGCAAACAUUAAACCGUCUUAUGUCAAUUAUUGGUAAAUCAAUAGGAGCUUUAGGAAAUUUAACAUUGGUUCUUGUUAUUAUCAUAUUUAUUUUUGCAGUUAUGGGAAUGCAGCUAUUUGGUCAAAAAUAUGCAGAUAAAUUUGGUAAAGAUAUACCAAGGUGGCAUUUUUUUGAUUUUUUUCAUGCAUUUAUGAUUGUUUUUCGUGUCUUAUGUGGUGAAUGGAUUGAAUCAAUGUGGAUAUGUCUUGAAUGUGUUGGUUGGCCAUGUAUUCCAUUUUUUCUCUUAACAUUUGUCAUUGGUAAUCUUGUGAUAUUAAACUUAUUCUUGGCACUUUUACUUGCAUCAUUUGGUUCAAAUAUUUUAAUUGAAAAAGAAGAUGAUGAAAAUAAAAUUGGCGAAGCAAUUGAUCGUAUUCAACGAUUUUUUCAUUAUCUAAUUGAAUCUAUUUUUCAUCAAAAACAACAACAACAACAACAAAAAGAAGAUUAUAUCAAAAACAAUAUCAAUAAUCAAUCAUUGUCUACUACACGAGAACUUGUUGGUAAUGUUUCUUUACUAAUAUUUUAUAUAAUAGAAGAAUUCAAUGUUUCAGUAUGUACAACCAAUAAUUUAUCAACAAUUCAGGAAGAUAUUGAAAUGCAAACAAUGAAUAAUGAUUCUAUAAUAUCUAAUUCAAAAUGGCAAGUACUUCAUCGAUCAUCAGAUUGUUGUCCUAUAUUGAUCUCAAAUCAUUUUUCAUGUUUUGCUAAAUGUAUUCCAAAAGUUAUACAAGAACAAUGGAUAUAUUUUCGUAGUAUAGCUCAUCUUUUUGUUGAACAUCGCUUUUUUGAAUGGCUUAUUGUUGGUAGUAUAUUAGCUAGUAGUACAACUUUAGCUUUAGAAGAUGUAAAAACACGACAACAAACAAUAUUUUUUGAAAUUUUAGCUGUAUUUGAUAAGAUAUUUACAAUUAUUUUUACAAUUGAAUUAAUAUUAAAAUGGUUUGCAUAUGGAAUAAAAAAUUAUUUUACAAAUGGUUGGAAUUGGUUAGAUUUUAUUAUUGUAGUUGUUAGUGUGCUUGGAACUAUUCUUGAUUCAUUUGGUGUAGCUGAUAUUCCAGCAUUUAAAUCAAUAAGAACAUUAAGAGCUUUACGUCCAUUAAAAGCAUUAUCAAAAUUUGAAGGAAUUCGAGUUGUUGUUCAUGCAUUAUUUAGUUCUAUACCAUCUAUUUUUAAUGUUUUACUUGUUUGUCUUGUAUUUUGGUUAAUAUUUUCAAUCAUGGGUGUACAAUUAUUUGGUGGAAAAUUUUAUAGAUGUGUUUAUGUUGGUACACAUCAUCGUGUUAAUAUAUCAGAAAAUGUAACAAAUAAAAUUGAUUGUUUAAAUAAAAAUUUUAUAUGGGAAAAUUCACGAAUUAAUUUUGAUAAUGUUCUUCGUGGUUAUUUGGCUUUAUUUCAUGUUGCAACUUUCAAAGGUUGGAUUGAGAUAAUGGCUGAUGCAACUGAUGCCAAAGAAAUAGACGUUCAACCGAAAUAUGAGGCUAAUAUUUAUGCCUUUAUUUAUUUUGUUUUAUUUAUUAUAUUUGGUUCAUUUUUCACUCUCAAUUUAUUUAUUGGUGUUGUUAUUGAUAAUUUUAAUCAACAAAAACGAAAAUUAAGUUUUCUUAUUAAUUUAAUAACAUAA